AUGGCUACUUUCCAACGAGCCGUCAUUUCGCUCCUCUUGAUCCUCUCGAUCACCUUUGUCUUCUUUGCUCAGAGCACUGAGGCUGCUAAGGGACCCAAGAUCACCCACAAGGUGUACUUCGACAUCACCCAUGGUGAUGAAGAGCUAGGCCGCAUCACCAUUGGCCUUUACGGCAAGACUGUCCCCAAGACCGCCGAGAACUUCCGCGCUCUGGCUACCGGCGAGAAGGGCUUCGGUUACGAGGGCUCUACUUUCCACCGCGUUAUCAGCAACUUCAUGAUCCAGGGUGGUGACUUCACCAAGGGUGAUGGCACUGGUGGAAAGAGUAUCUAUGGGGCUAAGUUCCCCGAUGAGAACUUCAAGCUCAAGCACACCCGCAAGGGUCUUCUCAGCAUGGCCAACAGCGGAAAGGACACCAACGGCUCUCAGUUCUUCAUCACCACCGUCGUCACCAGCUGGCUCGAUGGCCGCCACGUCGUUUUCGGAGAGGUCCUCGAGGGCUACGAUGUUGUGGAGAAGAUUGAGAACGUGAAGAAGGGACCUGGAGACAAGCCGGCCCAGACCGUCAAGAUCGCCAAGAGCGGAGAGCUCGAGGUGCCAGAGGAAGAUCUAUACGGAGCUGCUGAACCUGCCAUUCCUGGCGACGAACUCGAUAUCACUGCAGCAACACCAUCCAAAGAGGAUAUCGUCAACAUUGCUGAGGUCACCCAGGCCUCUACCACCAAGCCCAAGCUCCCUGGUAUGGCCGUUGCCACUGGUUCCGCUGAUGGACUGUCAAUGGGCCAGAAGUUUUUCUUUGUUGGGGCUAUCGUCGCAAUCUGUGUGCUUUUCUUGAAGUCGCGAAAUGGUGGGCAAAGUAACAUUGUGGGUGGGCUCAAGGAGAAGAGCAUGGCCUAG